AUGGCUGAAUUUGUUUUCGAAAAUGAGGACUUGACUGCCCUCAAGGGUAAUGUUAUCGUCGUCACAGGCGGUUCAUCUGGUAUAGGAUUGGCUACCGUGGAGCUACUUCUGUCAAUCGGAGCCUCGGUAGUCAACGGUGAUGUCCAGGCUCCAAAAAAGGAAAUGGCAGGCGCAUAUGAGUUCAUCAAGACAGAUGUAACUAAAUGGGAAGAGUUACUUGUGCUGUUUAAUAAGGCGAAGGAGACAUAUGGCCGCAUCGAUCAUGUUUUUGCCAACGCCGGCAUUGGCCCACGCGCCGAUUACUUGUCUACUCAACUUGACCAAGCUGGCAAUCUAAUGGAACCAUCGAGCCAGAAUCUCGACAUUAACCUCAAGGGUGUCAUCAACACGUCAACUCUCGCGAUUCACCAUCUGCGACAGCAAGCUGAGGGAGGAAGCAUUGUUAUCACGGGAUCCGCGACCAGUCUCCAGCGUUUUCGGGCCGUUGACUAUGCUACUGCCAAACAUGGAGUGCUCGGUUUUGGGCGAGGACUUGUCCCGUUGCUUAAAGCCGCUCGACUUCCGAUCCGGGUCAACACCUUGGCACCCAGCUGGACGGAUAGCAACGUUGUCCCAUCCUUGAAGAGCUUGCUGAACAGCAUAAACGUCGACGUACAACCUGCCUCUGUAGUAGCUCGUUGUGCUGCUUACCUCAUGGCUAACACCGCCAUGAACGGACAAGUCGUCCAUGUGCAGCGUGGUAAGUAUGCUGAAGUUGAUACGGCUGUUUUGAUUCCUGCGUACGGAAAGAUCAAAGGCGAUGACUACCCGAGCGAGGAUGAAGUCUUCGAGCGACUUGCAGCAGCUGCAGCGUAG